AUGGACGAGUCGGCGCUGGACCGGUACUUUGAUAACUUCAUUGUAAACGACCCCUCAAAGAUGGAGAAACAGGAAGUGAAUGAAGAGUCGGGCGAUGAGCUGUUCUUCAGCUUACUGCCUGAUGAGCUCUACCAGGAAGACGCAGGAACAGUUAGUUGGCCCAUGCCAGAGCUGGACGCUUCCCCCGUUCGUCUCUCGACCCCCGUGAUGCCAGAAAUCCUCCCACAGAUACAGAACGUGACCUCUACAGUGAAGCUGGGCUGCUGUCUUGACCUGAACGUAAUUGCUUGCAAAGCGUGGAACGUAGAGUACAACCCAAAGACUUACAAGGCGCUCAUCAUGAGGAUCCGUCAGCCGAGAACCACAGCACUGAUCUACAAAUCUGGGAAUAUUGUGUGUACAGGAGCCAAAAGUGUGGAGGGGUCACGGCUGGCGGCCAGAAAGUAUACCCGCAUAGUGCAGAAGCUGGGCUUCCCUGCCCACUUUCUGAACUUCAAGAUCCAUAACCUGGUGGCCAGCUGCAACAGCUUCCCAGUCAGUUUAGAGCGACUGGCCCACCAUCACGACUGCAGUUAUGAACCCGAGCUGUUUCCUGGCCUCCACUACAAGGGGGUGCCUGGUAUCACUGUGUCCAUCUUUUCAUCUGGGAAAAUGUCUUUGAGUGGUAACUGA